GACUUCUAAGUAGUAGUUUAAGAAAAGCUUCUAGGGUGAAAAUGAGUGGCUCCAAAGACCAAGUGGUCAAAAAACAUAUUUUAAUGAUAGACAAUUAUGACUCGUUUACCUGGAAUUUAUAUCAAUACUUGAACCAAUCCAAAUUAUGUGAAAAAGUCGAUGUAUUCCGUAAUGAUAAGAUUGAUAUUGAAACCAUUGAAAGAGAGAUAAACCCCGAUAUAAUUUUCAUUUCUCCUGGACCGGGUCAUCCCAAAACCGACUCUGGUAUAUCCAGAGACCUCAUAGAACAUUAUAAAGGGAAAAAACCAAUUGUUGGUGUUUGUAUGGGUCAACAAUGUAUAUUCGAAGUUUUUGGAGGAGAUGUCUCAUAUGCUGGUGAAAUUGUUCAUGGUAAGACUACUUCGAUCAAGCACGAUGGUAAAGGUAUGUUUUAUAAUGUCCCACAAUCGGUUGCAGUUACCAGAUACCAUUCUUUAGCAGGAUCUUUGAAAUCCUUACCAGAUUGCUUAGAAGUUACUGCCACCACUGAAACCGCACCAGAAGUUAUUAUGGGAGUGAGACAUAAGAAAUAUACCAUUGAAGGGGUUCAGUUCCAUCCAGAAUCCAUCUUAACUGAAUCUGGACAACUCAUGAUUGAUAACUUAUUAUCGUUCAGUGCAGGUACCUGGGAAGAACAUGAAAAAAAUUCAGUUUCGAAACCAAAGGAAAAUAUCUUGACUAAAAUCUAUAAACAACGUAUCGAAGACUAUAAGAUUAUUGAAAAUUUACCUGGUAAAUCUUUUAGUAAUUUGAAUACUUCUUUGUCAUUAAAUGUUGCUCCUCCAUUAAUAAAUUUUUAUGAAAGACUCUUACACACUUCUAAGACCUUGGAUCAAACCAUUAUUCUAUCUGAGUUCAAACGUGCAUCUCCUUCAAAAGGUGACAUCAACACCGAUGCCCACCCCGGUACCCAAGCUUCUACCUACGCUUCCUUUGGAUGCUCCACCAUAUCGGUAUUAACUGAACCAAAAUGGUUUAAAGGUUCCUUGGAUGACUUAUCAUUGAUUCGUAAAGUUAUAGACUCUCCUGAAAAUGCAUCCAAAGACUACAAAAGACCAGCUGUUUUAAGAAAAGAAUUCAUUUUCAAUAAAUAUCAAAUCUUAGAAGCUCGUUUGGCCGGUGCUGAUACAGUUUUACUUAUUGUGAAAAUGUUAAAGGACUAUCAAUUAUUACAUGAAUUAUAUGAGUACUCCUUAUCUUUAGGUAUGGUUCCAUUGGUUGAAGUGAAUGACUCUUCAGAAUUAGAAGAUGCCGUCAAAUUAACUUACAAAAACGAUACCAAAGAACCUCUUAUUAUCGGGGUCAAUAACCGUAACUUAACCACCUUUGACGUUGACUUAAACACCACCAGCUCCUUGGUCACCAAAGCAAAGAACAACAGUGGUAGAAAAGGUGACGUCUUGGUUCUUGCAUUAUCCGGAAUCACCAGUGUUGAUGAUGUCAAGAAAUACAAAUACGAAGACAAAGUCGAUGGUUUCUUGAUCGGAGAAAGCUUGAUGAGAGCCGAAGAAAAGGGUAACGCCGGUGAAUUUCUAAAUGCCUUGACUCACGCCUAAUCUACUCCACAUACUAUACUAUGUACAUACUAUCUAGACGUCUAAUGUAAUAAGUUUAACUCUAU